AUGGACCCUCGAACCAGUGCCCAGGAUGUGAUGCGAUGUGACCUAUGUGAGACCGCUGUGGUACAGAUGCACUGUGAUACUUGUCUUGUCAACCUGUGUAAGGCUUGUGUGGGAGAACACAUUUUAACAGAUGAAUCCAAGGAUCACAAAGUUGUCAAAUUUCAGGCCAGGAAAUCCACUCCAAUCUACCCUGGUUGUACAUUUCAUUACAAAGAGCAAUGUGAAAUGUUCUGUAAACAAUGUGACAUUCCUGUCUGUCUUAGCUGUCUUGCAUCUGAACAACAUUUAGGUCAUGAAUUAUCUAAAGUCUUGCAAGUUGUGGGGGAAAAGAAAGACAUGAUUACAAAAGAGCGGAAUGAAUUAAAUGAUACAAUUUAUCCCACCUACCAAGAUAUUGCCUCUGAUGUACAAAACAGAAUAAGUCAGUUAGAAAAGGAAUACGGAGAUCUCACAACAGCCAUAACAAAACAUGGAGAGGACGGGCAUAGAGAAAUUGACAAACUUAAAUCUUCCAGACAAAGUCAUUCCAUUUUUACCAAAAUUCAUUCGGGAAAAAUAAAAAGUGAAGAACUUAGUAAACUGUUUGGAGCUUUAUCAUCAAGUUCUUUAACAUCAGAUAAACAUGGCUACAGCAUCAAGACAACACAGAAAUCACCAGAAGCUGGAUCCUCUUCUCCAGUCAAACAGCUGCUUGAUGAACCAGAGACUGUCAACACCAUAGACACUAGGCAUAGAAACCUUUGGAAUGUAGUCUGUCUGAUCGAUGAAGAAAUCUGGACAAGUGGAACUGACAACACCAUGAAUCUUUUCAGCAUCAGUCAGGGAUCACUACUCAAGUCAAUCAAAACCAAGUCAGGGAACGAACCAUCCUACAUAGCAGUGACAAAAAGUGGAGAUCUAGUUUAUACUGAUUACUUACACAUUACUGAGAACAGGAACCAGGAUAUCUGUGUGUCUGAUGAUGGAGCUAAAGCAGUAGUGGUGGUCAAUCAGGCCGGGAAACUGAGAUUCAAGUACACUGGACAUACUCCUGCUCAACAGAUACAACCAUUCAGUCCACGAGGAAUCAGCACAGACAGUCAGGGUCACAUCCUUACAGCUGAUUAUGACAAUCACUGUGUCCACAUUAUAGACCAGCAUGGACAGUUCCUCCGUUACAUACACUGUGGACUGAAUCAUCCCAGGGGACUGUGUACAGAUACAUUUGACAAUCUGUUUGUCGCUCAAUUGUUUAACAAACAAGUGAGGAAAAUCAAAUAUCUGAAGUAA